CUCGCCUCUCAGCCCAUGAUAUCCGUCCGCGCUUUUCUUCUCAUUCCCAGGCUACACCUAAGCUGGCCAUUUGUCUGGUCACGCUUCGGCAGGGACCAGACAAUGCCUGGGACUCAAAGAGACGCGCAAAAUGUAAAUUCUGAGGUAAAGGAUGACGUCAGCAACGAAUGUUACCUAACGUUAAGAAUCCCAACAAAAUAAAAUUUAAUUAUUAUUUUUUUAAAUCUUUCCAGUAGCACCUUAGAGACCAACUAAGUUAGUUAUUAGUAUGAGCUUUAGUGUGCAUGCACACUUCUUCAGAAAGCUCAUACCAAUAACUAACUUAGUUGGUCUCUAAGGUGCUACAGGGAGGAUUUAUUUUAUUUUUUUAUUAUUAUUAUUUUAUUUAUUUGUUUUGUUUUGACUACAGCAGACCAACACGGCUAUCUACCUGUUAAGAAUUCCAGUUUAAAAAGGAAAAGAAUGCCAUUUUAUAACUUCUCCCGUCCCUUUCUUAUUCUUAAAGGUAAAGGGACCCCUGACCAUUAGGUCCAGUCGUGACCGACUCUGGGGUUGCGGCGCUCAUCUCGCUCUCUAGGUCGAGGGAAACAUCGUUUACCUUCCCACUGGAGCGGUACCUAUUUAUCUACUUGCACUCUGACGUGCUUUCGAACUGCUAUGUUGGCAGGAGCAGGAACCGAGCAACAGGAGCUCACCGCCAACCUUCUGAUCUGCAAGCCCUAGGCUCUGUGGUUUAACCCACAGCACCACCCAUGUUCUUAUUCUUAUGCAAGUCCAAUUCUUCUACCGGAUUCUUGGGCAAAUACUGUGGCAAAGAAUUUCAAGUAGACUCUCGGAAGCAAAUUCCCCACAACUUUUUUUCCAUAUAAGCUAAACAAGCUAUAGCUUAGGGCCCCACUCUCUUGUAUUUCACUAUUGUAUUUCACUAUUAAUAUACUUCUUAAUUGUAUUUCAGCUCAACAAUUACUUUGAUAAAAUACAUAUUUUGUUAUGUGCAAAUGGCUUUAAAUACCUAUUAGUUCCAUAAAUUACCAUAUAGCAUAUAUUCAACACACAAAAAACAGCAACAAUUUGUUGUUGACAAAGGACAGCUGGACAUAUAAAGGGCCCCAUUACCUUCAGUAGCUUAGAGCCUCAUUAAACCUAAAUCCAGCCCUGAGCGGGGUAAUAAAACACUGAAAGAGAGUAGGCUAGUUUCUCACAAAAAAGGUCAGAAGAAUAAUGCCUGGACACUUUUCCUCAUGCCUCAGUUUCUGCAAAACUUGCUCUUUUUUAAAAAAAGAAACAAACAAGCUGGGAAUCUGGGGGUUAUGGUUCCUUUGGGGUGGGGUGGGCUAACUACCCCCUUCCUCCUGCACCCUGUGUGUCAUCCCCAGCUUAACUAAAUCAGGAGCUCAUUGGAGAUGAAACUAAAGUAUUUUCUUGUGGGACAACUAGCGUGCAGAUGUUCCUGGAAAGAUGGAGUUAUGUGCAGUAAUGCUAUAUGCACUGUUACCUGGGAGUAAGACCCACUGAAUGCAGUUGGACUUACGGUACUUCCAGGUAAACAUGGAUUUCACUAUUAUUCAUUGUAAUAUUCUCCUGUGGAUGAAACAAAUAGAAGGGCUACCUUCACUGUUUAGAGUAGAAUCAAACUUGCUAUUUACACCAAACAGCAACCUCGGAGUUUACUACCAUGGCAGUUGCAUUAGUACAUCUAUCAGUUUCUAUAUUAAGUUGCAUAUAGACUUACGAAAUUCAUUAUAUUGCUCUGUUGUUUCAGGUUUUCUAUUAAUUGUAACUUUUAAAUGUGUGUUAUGAUGUGAUAGACGUUUUGCACUUAUUUUGCAAUUUCUAUCUUGUCUGUUUUAUAUACUUAACAAGUCUAGGAUGUAUCUUCACCAUAAAAAGAACAUGAAAUACAUUCAUGUUCUUUAAAAUUUACAUGAACAAAAAAACCCGAAAUAUCCAGGGUACAAUUUAAACAAAAUUCCCAGCACCCUUAACUAACUACAGUGCUCAGGAUUCUUUGGGGAAGAUGUGCUCUAAAUAAGCUUUAAAUGUAUGGUGUGUAAACAGCUGACAUCUGGAGGGUGACAGAUUCCCAGACCCUGAGCUGCAGCCUACAGGGUAGGUUUGUUUUAAUUACUCUGAAUUAUCCACUAGCAAGUCGUGAUAAUUACAAGAUUGAUUGGUGUUUUUCCAUGUCCUGAAUGGUAGGUUUCCAUGAAGUGAGGAAUCUAGUGCUGAUUUGGAGAGUGCAUAGUUGUGUCUCAAUAUAAGGUAGUUUCAUAUCUUUAAAUCUAACUCAGAGGAACCUAUGAAUUAGGAGUAUGAUAACAUUCAGAGAAAACUAAGUUUGUGGAACUAUACUGAGGCUGCAAUGCUACACCAUUUUUCUGGGAGUAAACCUGGCUGAGUAAACCAGUAGGACUUACUUUUGAGUGACACAUUUAUAUAUAUAGAGAGAGAGAGCAGACUUUUUUCCAGGGGUACGCAUACCCCUAAACAUUUUGUGAAUCUAAGUUUGGCCUCAUUGAGCAGCAAUAUUUCAAUAUGAGUAGCAAAAUGAGAAUAAAGGUAAAGGGACCCCUGACCAUUAGGUCCAGUCAUGGCCGACUCUGGGGUUGUGGCGCUCAUCUCGCUUUAUUGGCCGAGGGAGCUGGCGUACAGCUUCCGGGUCAUGUGGCCAGCAUGACUAAGCCGCUUCUGGCGAACCAGAGCAGCACAUGGAAACGCCGUUUACCUUCCCACCGGAGCGGUACCUAUUUGUCUACUUGCACUUUGACCUGCUUUCGAACUGCUAGGUUGGCAGGAAAAUGAGAGUACAGUACCACUAAACAUUUUUUUUUAGGAAAAAAAAGCACUGGAUAGAUAGAUCAGUUGGCAGAGCAUGAGAUUCUUAAUCUCAGGACCAUGGGUUCUGGUCCAGGAGGUUGGACUAGAUUACCCUCGUGAUCCCUUCCAACUCCACAAUUCUAUAAUUCUAUGAUAUCCACUCCUUUAAGCCCAGGAGAGCUGGGAGGGUGCUUCGAGUGCGCAAGGCAGAGUUCCGAACUGGGGCAAUGGCAGGGCCGGAAUGCUGCGCGCUGCCGGUUCCAGGCCCUUUUGUGUGACUCAGGAGUUGCGCGCGUGUGUGUCAGAAUGGGCGCGUGGCAGCCGGCAAGACCCAAGUUCUGGGGUGGGGGGGACCCUGCAGAAUAGCGGCUUCUGCGCUUUUCACAGCAGCCUCUGUUUAAGAUGAUCCAUGUCAGUCGCGCCCUUUCAUCAUUAUUUUCCUUAGGAGAAAAAUUGUGAGGCGGGUACUUUUUUCUCCCUCUCUCUCUCUCUCUCUCUCUGUGUGUGUGUGUGUGUGUGAACGAACUAGGUAGUGUGCUUUGAUUAGACCGCGAAACUUUGAAAAUUGCCGAUAUAUAGAGAAGGAGCCGGGUGGGAACUGGCUCGAGGACGUUUCCAGAGAUGGCAAUCGAGAGAUAGGAAGUGGUCCCGGGCUCUUUAUUGGAAGGCGGCCAGCUUUGGUAAUCGGAGAGCUGGCUGGAGUCCGGCUGCCCCGUCCCUAUCUCGGGGACCUAGCGCUGGGGGCGGGGGCGGUAGAGGCGGGACUCCCAGGGCGGACCAGCGAGGGGCGACGCUUCGCACGUACGACGAGGUACUGGGUUCAUGCCCCGCGCCUGCAGUCCAAGCAGCAGAUUGUAGGGCGGGAAGACUUCGAGAUCCUGCACGGCAAUGGGUGCUACUCAAGAAGGCAAAGGAAAUAUCUUUAGAAACAGGAAUAGCCCCUGUUCCUCAAGCAAGGCGAUAGAUUUCUCUCCCACUGCAAUCCUACGACUUCUAACUGGAAUUAAAGUAUCCCAUUUCUUUACUUCUUACCUUUAUUUUGAUGAUUGAUUUCAAGCACUUGUGUAACAUCCUUCAAUAGAUUUCAGGACUGGGAACAACGGAAACCCCUAAAACAUCCAAGCCAUAGCAUUGGAAAUAGUAAUGGAGCAAAAAUGGUUUAACAGUUGCAGUGUGGGAGUAUGUAGUAGCGUUUCUUCCCUCUAGCUAUGCUAUCUUUUCCAAUCCUCAGGCCCGUGUGGAUUAUGGUUUUGUGAGGGUCAGUGAUAAGAGUGGUUAGAGUGUUGGACUCGGGCCUGGUUAGAAACCUCACUCAGCCAUGAAGCUCACUGGGUGAUCUUCGGCCAGCCACAGUCUCUCAGCUUACCCUACCUCACAGGGGUGUUGUGAGAAUAAAAUGGGGGUGGGGGUGGAGAACCGUGUACAAUAUCUUGAUCUCCUGGAGGAAAAGAUGGUAUAUAAAAGGGGUGUGGGUGGGUGUGUCCGAACGCACCUCUUUGCUUGAAGAUUGAGAGAUGAUGCAAUUCAGUGUGAACCGUCCAGGCUUCACAAAUGGUCUUUGAAAUGUCUUGCUUGACCCUUUGGACGGGCGUGGGGGGGGGGAGUACAAAUAUAUUUUUAAAAGAAAUGUAGAUGAGCAUGGCGUGCAUGGAAUAACUCUGAAAGGGCAAGCGACCCGCAGCAGGAGAAGAGAGGGGUGUGUGCGGGAGGGGUGUGUGGAGAGAGGGGGACGUGCGUCCCAAAGGCAGCCAAAGCAGGUUGGUCACGAUUCUGCCCCGGGGUCUCGGCAUCCCCGGGGGCACUCGGAGGCACACCUCCGCGGAGCUGCGCGGCGAUUGGCCGGAUGGCGAGAGCAGCCCAGGGAGGCGGCCAGGGGGCGGGCGAAGAAGCAUCGGGGCGGGGAAAGGGCCGGGCGUGUGCGCUGCCUCGCCUGCUCAGCUAGCGGAGCCGGCUGCUUAUAAGGAGCGAGCGGUCCGGUUCCUCUUCCUCGGUGCUUUGCACAUCAUCACCUCCGUCAUGUCGCUUCGCAGCAGCUUCGCGCGGCUCCUCAAGCAGCAGGCGGGCUCCUCGAUACAAGUCCAGAAGAGACCGGCGCACUCGGUGGCCCUCAUCGGAGCCCCUUUCUCCAGGGGACAGGUGAGUGAGCACUGCGGGGGGGGGGGACGAGGCGGUGUUUGGGUGUUGGAGACAGAGGGAUAGGUGGGCCUUCACUCAAGGUAAAAGGCUGUAGCUCUAUUGCAGCCGAGCGCAGGUAGGAGGAACAGAGCUGGGGGGGGCAAGGGGAGGGGAGACAGAAAAGGAAAGGCAGUCUGGUGUAGUGGUUAGAGUGCUGGACUAAGACCAGGGAGGCCGCGGUUUAACUAAACUACGUUCUAAAAGGACAGCAUCCUCCCUCCCGCCUGGGGGUGAUCCGUGAGGCCCAAGCCCUCCUUGGGGCGAGUGACGCUUCGCCAUAAUGCUGGAGGAGGACCGCACGUGGUCAUUGGGGCAGGGAUGGAAUCCUUAAGAUCCGCACAGUGAUAUUUUUUGGCUGGGGGGUGUUUUAAGAUGCGUAUAUCUUUAAAGGGAAGGACGGUCGGAGCAAUGUUAGCUGCGGGCGGGGGAGUGUUCCUGCGCGCACCGGGCAACCGGCUUCCCGAGCGUGGAAAUUUCCACGCGCUUCUCUUUCGGCGCUGUGACUCAGCGGCGUCCGUUUCUCCGCUUUCCCGGAGGCGCGCAUAGCAUCACCGCUCCUUUCCUGUUUUGUCUUCCUCCAGAAAAGGAGAGGAGUGGAUCACGGUCCAGCAGCCAUAAGAAAUGCAGGGCUGGUGGGGAAGCUGACUGGCAUGGGUAAGUAAGAGGUUUAUUUUGAAAGAAACCGCCUCUCCCGUAGGAACAUAGCAGGCUGCCUUAGACCCAGUCAGACCACUGAUCGCUCCAGCUCAGUAUUUGUCCACAUAGCGACUCUCCAGUGUUUCAGGCAAGUCCCACUUGGAGAUGCGGGGGACCUUCAGUAUGUACCACCAAGCUACAUCCCCAACAAUUGCUUUUCAUAGAGAAGGUAAGUGAGUUCUCCCCCACCCCCAUGACUGAUUGAGUCUCUUUAAUGCAAAAGUUAGCUGUUGGGAGAGAUUUGGCACUCUCUGCAGAAAUACAAACCUCCUUUCUUUGAGAGGAAAACCCUCUCAGUUUGAAGCCUGAUGUACAUAUGAAAGAGGUGGCAUGUGUCCUCUGACGGGCUUCUCAAUAAGGAGGCAAAGGAACUCAAGAGGCUCCUAGAGUGACCUUCCCUUUCCUCCUCAGGAAUUUUCUUCUUUGUCUGUAUGCAGAGAAUGAAAUGCUUGUGUAGCCAGAGGCAAUGUCCUUAUUUCAGCUUAGAUAAUUUUUUUUUUUUUGGAAUUUUGGAUUCAAAUAAAAGCAGAAGCUGCCCUAAGGCACAGUUGGCUUAAGACAUUUUGAUGGGAGGUGUUAUGUACUGAAUCCUAGAACAAUAGGAUCCAGAAUUCAGCAGUCUGAUUGGUCCACAGGAGCCACCCAAUCCAGGUGGAAGUGAAUCAGCGACCUGAUUGGCCUAAAGGAGCAGCCCGAAAUUAGCCAAUCACGCGGGGCCCAUUGUGUAAAUAAUGUAUAUACGGCUAGACGUUUUGGGGAAAGUUUAAUUCAUUGCUAUUAUGAGCUGAAUAAAGAGCAUGAAAUUCACACUCGACUUAGGAGGCAAACAACAAAAGUCCCCCCCGCAACAAGAUACUUAAUACCCAAUUUUGGCAAUGGGGGGGAAAUCCUACAAGUGCCUCUUCCUGGGAGUAAAAAUAUAAUAACAUAAUAAAUUAAAUGAUUUAACAAAUCAAUGUAUUGUCAUGCCCCCCCUCCCAAAAAAAAACCUGGCUGGCACAGCUACCUCAUUCUAUGACCAGCCAAGGAAUCAAGAUUUAAUAUUACUUUUAUAUUGCAUUUGUGGUAUUGGAGAAUCAACAAUUUGCCCAUGUCUAUUCCAGCAGAAGUAAUCUCACAGAGUGACUGAAGCUGUUUAUUUACCAAAACCAGGCCUAAAGCUCAUAGUUUUCUGCAUCCAAUAACUUGAAUUCACUGUGUUGAGUUGGACUUCUUUCGAUGCUAAGUCUUAGCAUAUUCCUUUUGUGGUUUUGGUGAAUGAAUGGAUGAAUGAGAGGUAUGUGGUAAUGUCCCUUAUGAGUCUCUUCUACUGGCAGUGCCUGAUUUCCAGAAAGUUAUGUAAUUGGCAGCACAGCUGUCAUUUUAGCCAAACCCUUUUAAAUCAGUGUAGUUAUUUUUCUGUGACUCAGCAUUAGUCACCUUCUUACAGGUACCCUACCUGCAAUUCACACAAAAAUUGGAUUUGUGCUAUUAUAUCCGGAAUGAAAAAAGUUGAUUGAUCAGGCAUCUCAGUUUCCUGAAACAUUGAACAUAUUGAAACAUUUGCCAUCUGAACUGAUCUUAAUGUUAAUUGUCUGAUCUGGAUAUGUUUGUUAUAGCCAUUUGACUCAUCCUCACAAACAGUGUACAGUUUUUUUCAUAUUGUGAGUUUCAAAAAACAUACAGUGUGAAUUGUGAAAAUACUUCAAAUGAUUGUCAAAGCAUAUACAGUAGUACCUUGGUUCAAGAACAGCUUAGUUUAUGAACAACUUGGAUUAAGAACGCUGCAAACCCAGAAGUAGGUGUUUUGGUUUGUGAACUUUGCCUUGGAAUAUGAACAUGUUCCACUUCCUGUUGAGUGUGUUCCAUUUGUAAAUUGAGUCCCCUGCUGCUAUGGGAAAGCAUGCCUUAGUUUAAGAAUGCUUUGGUUUAAGAACGGACUUCCGGAACGGAUUAAGUUCAUAAACCAAGGUACCACCAUAUAGAUUAGGCAACUAACUAUGCAGAUCCAUCAGCUGUUCAAAAUCUGCUACAAAACUCCAUGGGUGGUAUUAAACUAAAUAGUUAUGCUGUGUAGCUAAAAGCUAGAGUCACUUCCCUCCCCUCUCCUCUCCCCACAUACACCCUAAAUCUGCUGCAGAGGGUAGGAGAAUUCCCCAGAGCAGAUUUAGCAGGGGGGCGGGCAGCAUGCAAGGAAAGGAGAGGGCAUUGAAGUAACACUGCACAGCUAAAAUCCAUUGUGGUACAGUACCCUUUUAGUUGUGUUCCAAAAGUGCCUUGAAAGCAGGAGUGGAGUAUCCUCAGUCUGGAGCCAAAUUUAAUCUGCCCUUGGAGUCCUCUCCAGCUGUAAUAUGGUGAGGGAAAAGGGUUUUGAUGUUGUAUGAAAGGUGCAACUACAGCUUCUUUCUGAGCAAGAAGAUCAAAGCACAAGGGAAAAUGUUUAGACCAACUUGUGUUCCUUGCAAAUACAGUCAUACCUUGGUUUUCGAACAGCUUAGUUCUCAAAUGUUUUGGCUCUCAAACGCCACAAACCCAGAAGUCACUGUUCCAGUUUGAGAACUAUUUUUGGAAGCCAAACAUCCGACGGAGCUUCUGUGGCUUCCCAUUGGCUGCAGGAGCUUCCUGCAGCUAAUCAGAAGCCGCACUUUGGUUUUCGAAUGUUUUGGAAGUUGAACAGACUUCCGGAACAGAUUCUGAUUGACUUCCAAGGUACGACUGUAUGCAAAAAGUAGUCUAUGGAUUAGGCAACUGCCUGCCACCGCUUUAGAUAGCUAUGAGUUAGGACUUGCAAUUGAGCUAUGCAUUGGCCCUGUUUGCAUUCUACUGCUGGUAUUUGGGGUAUGGUUACCAGACGUCCCCGUUUCCUGGAGACAGUCCCCGGAUUUACAAAUCUGUCCCCGGACAAAAUCCGUCCCCAGAAUGUCCCCGGAUUUCAUUUAAUAUCCCCGGAUUUAUAUUUUAAGUGUGGUAGAUUUAUUAGUAGGGAAUGAAUGUUGUGUGAUUCGUUCAACGGCACAAGACACUUCAUAUGAGGACUUCCAGCGAGGCAAAAUGGCGGGCACCAUGGCAGCGAGCUGCUUCUGAAGCCAGCCAGAGCCAACUGUGCUACCAGGUUGGCUCCAGGCUGCUGAGACUGCUGCUGGCACUGCCACUGCCAAGGGGGAGCCAGGGACACCCAGUGUGUCAACUGGGGGAACUGCUGACACCCCUCCAUGGGACCCAAAUCGAGCCAGGCGCAAGAGUGCCCAGCCACCUGGCUGACUGCCCACUGGCACUCCGGGGCCAGGAAAACCCUGGAGCUGACGUAAGGAGAAGGAGUAGAAGAGGAGAAGGAAGAGAGAAAGGAGGGAGAAAAAAGAGGGGAGCCCCAACCUUGCCGCACUGCUGCCGCCGCAGCUGCCACUGAGCAGGAGAGGUAGGAGGGCACUGGGAGGGCAAGGACAAGUGGCCGAGCCCAGGCCCGACCUGAGCCUACUCCAUGGCGGGUAGCACUCCAAGAGAGGAGGCCGGGGCCCAGAGGAAGGCCGCAUGACAGGAGACCGCAGAAGAGAAGAUAUUACUUCUUAAUAUUUUUUAAAAAUAACUUUUUUAAAAUAACUUUUUUUCUCUUUUCAAAAAUAAAAAGUGUCCCCAGAUUCUUUGAAAAAAAUCUGGUAACCUUAAUCUGGGGUGGAUUUGGAACAUCCAAAAGUGCAUUGGAAAACACAUAUAAGUGCUUCAAAAUUUACCAAAUUUUGCUCUUUGUCAUGUGUAUUCUUCCACUCCUUUCAGAAGAGAUUGAUUCUGUUUAUCUGUUCUUUGAGGGGGGGGAUGAACAAAAAGAAGCUUUGUUAUAAAGCUGCUGAAAAAUGAAGAGCAGUGGCUCCAAGUGUAUUUGGUAACUAAAAAAUAAAAAAUCCUGUAGCACCUUUAGAUACUUUGCCUUUGCUGUAGAUUGGUACAGCUUUCCUCCUUCUGAUACAGAAGUACAGACAAGACUUAACAGCAGUAGUUUCAUAACUGAAAGCUCUUUCUCAGUAGUUUAGAGAAGUACAGCUUGAAAAAGUGGCUGUGACUUGUGAAGUAUGGUAAACGUGAUGUCAUCAACUGAUGAAAGUAUGCUUCUCUUGAGCAAUCCUUGCAACCCAGACAAGUGCAGAUUUAACCUCUGCUUCUUGUUAGGAAACAAGGUUAAUUCUGUCACAUGAUUCACUAACUAAUCUUUUCAGCUUGGUUAUGUUAGAGCAAACCUUGCAGUUACAAAUUCCAGAGCCACAAGGUAUUGUUAUGUAUCUCACAAAUGAAAAUUAGAUCCAUUCAAAAAAAUGGAAGAGCAGUUGUGACUCACUCCCAACUUAUGAUGAAGUUGCAAAGCAAGAUGAAUAGAGUACGUACACAAAAACAUAGAAAAGGGGACAAUUGCUUUCUAUAAUGUCGUCUCAACUUCCUGUUCCUAUUGAGCCUCUGUCACAUUGUUGUCAUGCUUGCCAAUGAAUCAACUUAUCAGUGCCACAUUGGAGUUUUCUUUUGUAACAUUUCUGUUGACAUACAUAAACAUCAGAGUCUGUUACAUAACGUGCAAUACACCCAUUGGUGUCUCUGCAUAGCUAGGAAUUUUUCCUUUGCUUAAAUUGGCUUGAAAACCUAAUUUACAUAGCUGUCAAGCACAAGCCAUUUCAGUUUUGCUUUAACCAGACUUGAUAAUUUGGAAGCAAGUGAAGCUAUAAGGUUCACAUGCAAUUGAGAUCACCUACACACCAGACGUGCAGAGCUGGUCCCAAAAUUUGGAGGAGGGGGCAUUGAGCAUGCAUGACGUCACAUAUGCAGCACUCCCCACCCUGGCCAGGACACAUUGGUGUCCCUUUGAGGUGUCCCAUUUGUGAUGGGGAGUGUGAAGAUCGCCCUCCAUUGCCCUCCACGCCUCCUGCACUCGCCGGAGGUGCUGGGGGACGGCAGCACCCUAGAAAUAUUGAGGGGGCUGAAGCCUCUUCUGCCCCCCAUAGCUGGAGCCCCUGCUACACACCCUGCAGUAUUGAUUAAAUCAAAGAUUAAAGCAAGUGCCAAUUCCCCCCUUUUUUGAGCAAUCGGCAUACAGUAUUGACACAUCAGUAUAAUUUCUGCUCAGGACAGAGCUCAGAUUUCAUAGGAUAGAUAAAUGCUGAUCAUGGGAACAUGGGCGUUUCCCUGGUUUUCCAUUUAUUUGGUCUUGUUCAGGGGAGAGCUCCAAACAAAAAGCAGGAGGGAGGAAAAAAAACCCUUAAAGUCAGUGAAACUAGCUGAAUAUAAAUGGCUUCAUAAUUACACUUUUUCUUUCUCCUGGCUCCUUGCCAGAAACUCCUUGUGCAGCCAACCUAUAGAAGAGGCAGGCCUGGUGUCAGAUGACUGUCUCAAGGCUUCAGCACAGUAACACUAUCUGCACAUGAUGACCUAGUACACUGCCAUUGCAUCAGGUUGUGAUGCAACUUUGUAGGUUUGAAGUUUGUAGACUGACUGAUUUUGAAUGCAUUGUAUUGCCAAAUGAUGUGGGUUUUAUCUGGCUGAUCAUCCUUUUGAGAUAAAGAGAGCACAGUGCCAAAAAUAUAGGCACUGUGGGUUUGGUGACCAGUCUUCAUUUUGUUAAUCUUUAACUGUGUUUUGUGUGUCUGUGCUGUUAUUCCCUUUGCACUUAUGUAAUAAUCACACUAAAUGUACUACAUGGAUUACCCCAUCAUUUUGGGGAGUGGGUCUUGUUAACUGAAAAUACUUAAUUUAUGGCUAAUCCAAGAACACCGGAAGCUAUAGCUUUACUGAAGCUAAGGAAGUGCGGAUCUGGUCAGCACUCUGGAUGCGAGAUCAUGGAGAGUUCCGUGUAAAAGAAUGAUGUGUAUAUAAGGAAUAUUUUAAAUAUUGAUCCAAUUUUCCAGUAUAAAGUAACAAGCUAAAGCAAGAACUGUAAAGUUAGUUUAGGGGGAUUCAGUUAACAUUUAAAUUUCACUUUAAUAUGUCUUUAAUCUGUUUUUCUGCUAUAGUGAAGCUUUCAUAGAAUUGUAGAGUUGGAAGGGACCAUGGGGGUCAUCUAGUCCAACCCCCUGCAAUGCAAUGAUCUUUCAUCCAAUGUGGGGCUUGAAACCAUGACCCUGAGAUUAAGAGUCUCAUGCUCUCCCGACUGAGCUAUCCUAGGUUUCCUAUAAAUGACUAUACUCCCAUCUGAUUAAAUCUUAAGUUUGUAGGGGGCAGGAAUCAAGAUAGAAACAGUGGUGGUAUUAUGUCCUUGUUUUGGAAAUAUUUCCUUAUUCAAACAUGUAGGCAGCCAUAGAAUGGGAGCAGGGGCUUGCAAACACUUCACACCAUAUAGAUAUUAGGCCUAUAAAUAGCAAAGGCUUAGGGUUUCCCGAAGUCCAAGGGAAGAUGACAUUCAUCAGGGAAUGAUGAAAGAGAGGAGUGGUAUUGCAAGUCCUGGACUGCUGAGGUCCAAUUACCUUAACCAAAGGAGAGGGUGUGUGUAGGAGCUGAAGCAGAGACUGGUUCAGGGGAAUGCACAGACUGACUGUAUUUCUAACGCAGCAGCCAUGGGUGUGACCUAUGGGAUGGUGGCAAAGCCAUUCAGUGGCAGGCCCUGUUGUUGAACACAGUGACACAUCUGCCCACAAAGUCUGGGCACCAGCAGCAAAUUACAUAAGCACAAACUUGCUCUGCCCAUGCUUCUGAAUAAAGUGUUUGGGUGCAGUGAAAAUCCAGACAUCGGUCAACAUGUCUACUCUUCUCUUACAAAUAUGAAGGUGGGGUUAUUACCCAAGUCCUGUGGCAGGCUUCCUCAAACUCGGCCCUCCAGAUGUUUUUGGUCUACAACUCCCAUGAUCCCUAGCUAGCAGGACCAGUGGUCAGGGAUGAUGGGAAUUAUAGUCUCAAAACAUCUGGAGGGUUGAGUUUGAGGAAGCCUGUCCUAUGGGAGCCUUGAAUAACGAGCGACAUGGUUGCAAAGCAGCUGUUUACCUACCUCCAUUAACCAAGUUAAUACUAACCACCAGUAUUUCCUGUCACUGGACUGGGCAAGUGCAAUUACGUGCUUUCUUCUUUUCUUCUUUCCCCCCAGGUUGCCAGGUGUAUGAUCUUGGAGAUUUAAAUUUCACCCAGGUGCCCAACGAUGAUCUCUACAACAACCUAAUCAUAAACCCACGCUCCGUGGGAUCAGCUAGCCAAGUUCUGGCAGACACGGUGAAUGGAGCUGUUGCCGCUGGUCAUAGCUGUGUAACCAUUGGAGGAGAUCACAGGUGAGUUGGGAGGGAUCCGUGAGGAAGAUAGUCUCUUGAAUGAAAUCAGCCUCAAAAAGCUUUGGGUAAAGUUCACUCCUCAACUGGAUUCGUUAGUUCAAAUUCCUGUUCACUGAUUGAAAGUGACAGGCCACAGUCAAGUGUUAAAUUAUUGUCCCCCGGUGGCAAAUAUGAAUCAUCUUCGGUCCCCUGUGAGAGCAUCUCUGGGGCCACAGGAUAUUGCACAGCUCUCUGAGGAAGCCCAACGCUGGAGGUCUCUUAUUUGCAGCCUUGUGAUCCUCUAGAGCAGGGUUUCUCAAAACUUGAGUUUUCAGCUAUUUUUGGAGCAGUAACUCCCAUUAUCUCAUCUAGCAUGCCCAGUGGUCAGGGAUGAUGGGAAUAGUAGUCCAAGAACAGCUGGAAACCCAAGUUUUGGAAACUCUGCUCUAGAGCUAUCCCUCUACCAUACCAGUUGCUGGAGAACAAUAGUGGGAGGGGGGGCUAUUUUCUUCAUCUGCUGGUUGUGAGCUUUCCCAAAGGCAUCUGGUCUGAUCCAGCAAAGCUGUCCUUAUAUUCUUAUGAAGUAAUGGGUACUGUUUAUAAAAGGAUGUGACUGUAUGUACACACACACACACACACACACACACACACACACAGUAAGUUCAUUUAGUAAAUGAACUUGUUUUAUUUAUUGUUCUCAGAGGAGGCACAGCAAGGUAUCUAUCAGUGCCUGUAAGAACCAGAUAUGAGGCACAGGUAAACUGCUUUAGCUUUGCCAGAAAGGCAACCUCCAACAGCUGCAAAAAGAACGCCAAAAACCCUUAGGUAGAAUUUAUUGUGGAUUUCGCAUUUUUUAGCAUAUCAGGAACCAGGUUAUAUAAUUAUCACACAUACUGUACAUCUGUCAAAUUCCUUUGUAAAACUCACAAUUUUCUCAGUGUAUUAACCCAAACUUAAAUUAAUACAAGAAACUUUUGAAGUAAACUGGACUGAUAAAAAUCUGAAUCUGAUUUUUUAUUUUUAUUUUUGCAGUUUAGCGCUUGGGUCAAUCAGUGGUCACUCAAGGCAGUACCCACACCUAUGUGUGAUCUGGGUUGAUGCACAUGCUGACAUUAACACUCCACUCACAACCCCAUCAGGAAAUCUCCAUGGACAGCCAGUCUCAUUCCUUUUAAGAGAACUUCAAGAUAAAGUAAGUGGGGAUUAUGCUGGACAGCUAUAAAAUAGAUUUUAUGCAAUCUGUUUUGUACCAUGUUUGUAAGGCAGGCAUUAAAGUCCAAUUUUAACUUACCCUACAAUCUUGAGCAAUUUAAUUUUAAAUCCAGAACAUUAUAGAAAUAAGCCCCAGAAGGAGACAGGUAGUUCAAUUAUUAUUGAUGUCUGCAUAGAACGUAGCUGGGAACACCAGAACCUGCCCUAUGCUGGACAUGAUUUUAGCAUGAAAGAUGUGCUACUAUUUCCUCACUUGCAGCCCCCGUUUAGAAAACAGCAUAUUGCAGUCGCAAUAACUCCCUUUCAACUGCUAGAUACUUUUUGUUCUUCUGGACUAAGAUACAGGCAGUCAGGGUUCAAUGCUCAGCUCAGCCAUGAAACUCACUGGGUGACCUUAGGUUAGAAGGAGAGAAGGUGACUUGCCCAACUCAUGGAGUUGUGAGAUCAGAAUGAAGAGAGAACCAUGUAUGCCAACUUGUGGCUAAAAACAGGUGGUUAAUGCCACCCACUUAUCAAACACAAAGUGCCACAAUCACAGUCAGGUGACCCGUUUUUGCCUGUGCUGUUUGAAAUUGAAUUGUGCAAGCAAAGCACUGUGCUAUGAGGUCAGGUGUAGGACAGCUGGGCCCGUAUUGGCCAAAACAGCUUCAAGGUCCAAAUGUGUAUGUAUUGACACAGUUGAGUAUGGUGUUCAUUAUACAUCACCACUACACCAUCAUGUAAACAAGCCUAGUGUUAAAUAUCCAGGACUAUGGUAAUUCUUCUAUUCCUCUAUAGGUGCCGCUCCUUCCUGGAUUUUCCUGGCUAAAGCCCUGCCUUUCACGAUCAGAUAUUGUAUAUAUUGGCCUCAGAGAUGUUGACCCUGCUGAACAGUAAGUACAGGAUAUCUGAACUGGGAGAUAUCUUUCUUAUUUUUUUUAAAAAAUACGUACUCGGCCUACUGCCAUCAGCAAGAGGUAUGUUGCAGAACAUUAUAGCUUUAAACAUUUAUAUAUUUUUUUCUUUUUAAACAGCUAUAUUUUGAAGAACUAUGGCAUCCAGUAUUUUUCAACGAGAGAUAUUGAUCGUUUGGGAAUCCACAAAGUGAUGGAAAGAACAUUUGACCACCUUCUGGGCAGGUAAAACUUCUUUGAGGAUGGACAUUUUGGGAAGUGGCGUUAGGCAAAAAAUACUUAACCUAUUCACAUGUCAGCAAACGAUCAGCUUGUCAUAUCCUACUGAUCAGUCCCCAGUUACCAUGAUGUGAUUUAUUUCACAUGGGUUAUACCUUGUAUUAUAAAGUGAUUCUCCUUCACAGAGGACAAAGACCAAUCCACCUGAGCUUUGACAUUGAUGCCUUUGACCCAACUCUGGCUCCAGCAACAGGGACUCCUGUCUUGGGUGGAUUAACAUAUCGUGAAGGCAUGUACAUUUCAGAGGAAAUACAUAACACAGGUAAGAACCAGACAAGCACAUUUUACUUUCAGCUUUGGAUAACAUGAUACAAGUAAGCACUUGCAUGGCAGCUGUGUUACAGAAGUAUUCAGUGUUUAUUUAAAAUGUUGGAGUGUAAAUGAGAAAGAAGCUCUGGUUCUCUUCCUUAAUUCACCCCAUGCUAAGGAAAUUAACAAGGAUAAAUUGGAAUGGACAGUAGUAAGGAUAAAGAGAGUUCUCAGGCGCUUUCAGACAUCAAAAUUGCACUUCCUUGUUAGUACAAGACAAAAACCAACUUUACUCAAAUGUUAAAAUUAUUACAGCUAAAAGCUACGCCUAACAAACUCCCCAUAUGAAACGAGGCUUGCUUACAGGAACAAUAGUUUUAGCUGCUCUAUCAUCAAGUUGCCUUCAUUGAGGCUCCCUUGCAGCCUUCCAUUAUCAGGACCUUGGCAGCUUCCAUAGCAAGGGGAGGUGGGAACCUAAUAUCUCUCACUUGACUCAUCCAGUUUAAUUAUAGCUGUUAGGCACUCUUAAAACACUAAGGAUCCAUGUAGCAGCAUCAUUUAAAACAUUUAACUACUUAUUUGCAGUAUCUCUAUAACAAUGUUGCAUGCUACUGGCAAGAACAUAACCUAGAAACAGGGCCAAACUGGCUAGCAGUUAUCAUUGCUUUGGGGCUGCAGUUUGAAAAGGAAAUUCAAGAUUAUGCUAAAUACUGCAGUACUUUUAAACGGCAAUAAUUUAUUUCAGUCAAUGCAUGGCCGGAAACUUGGAUUCAUUCAUACAAAACCCAUAUGCCGUUGCAUAUAGCGCAGACCACACCUGCCUUUUGGCUGAAGUGAUGCUUUAAGUUCUGUGUCUUCCAUGUAACUCAGUGUCUUUAAUUUCCCAGGCCUGCUUUCAGCCAUGGACCUUGUAGAAGUAAAUCCACUGCUUGGAGAUUCACAGGAGGAAGUGAAUGCAACAGUUAACCUUGCAGUAGAUGUGAUUGCUACAUGCUUUGGGCAGACAAGAGAAGGAGCGCACAUCAUGUUUGAUGAUCUCCCAACACCCAGUUCACCAGAUGAAUCUGACAGUGAAGAGCAAGUACGGAUGUAGGACCCUCAAGGAUCAACAGAUGCUUCAAAGGGGCAUUAUGUACAGAUCUGCUGAUCUACUCAAAUGGACUGGCUAAAACCCAACUAUACCACAUUCUGAAGUGUUCACCAGUUUUGGAGAGACUAGUUACUUUUCCCACUGCGUGACCAAACCGCUGUAUUACAAGCUAGACAACACAUCGGCUUAGGUGAAUGUUUAUUACUUUGCAAUUAUACAAAAACUUACCAUCCCUUCACUGCCCUGUCUUUCUUUACAGAUACAUUUCCUCUCAGUAGCCCUGCAGCAUUCUCAAACGAACAUGCUGUUAAGACUUGACAACACACCAGUAUUGUCCUUCAACUGUAGUAAAUAUAAUCCACUCCUUUCAUUGCUGAAGAGCUGUUCCUUGGCAAUGAUUGUAAUACAGUCCUUAAGAUAGAUGGAAGGCCUGAAAACAGCUGUGUGUGCGUCAAGAAGAUUCAGCUGAAGAAUUUGUAGUAUACAACACCUCCCAGAAUGACUAACUCCAAAAUGAUGAUAAAGGAGAGCAACAGUUUGUUUGUCAUAACCCUAGAAGGAAAGAUAAGACAUGAGAUUUAUUUGGGUUUACAAAAAAUCUUAUUUGCAUUUAAUGUUGCCCAUGGAAAUCAUUCUCACUUAGAUGAGACAGAAGCAUCGUUUCAUAUUUAGACAGUGAAAGCUAUUGUGUAUUUACGCAUAAGAAAGUCUGGGACUUCGUCCCAGGUGAGUGCAUAUAGGAUUGUAUCCCAUGUUGAGGAAAUAAUAAAAGGGAAGAGUAGCAAGAACUUAUAUUUGAGUUCACCAAAACCAGCAUUGUUCCUGGGAUUCCUUAUAAAAAGCUAACUUAAAAUCACAUAAAUGUAUUAGUAUCUGACUUAAUACGUAAACAUUCAGGAAAGCAGCAAUUAAAAUAAGUUAACACCUUGAAAAGCUGGUGACAAACCAGCUAGGUGACAAUUUCAAGAAAAUAUUGAUUGUCACAAAAAAAGAUACAGAAACAAAUUUGUAGCACGAUAAAAGCUCAAUUCAGAUAUCACAGCAAACCAUGAUUCACUGCAACUGUAGUUGAGUCUAUACUGCAUUUUUGCUUGCUUGCAUCAUCUGAAAGUUGUGAGAUACUACCCCAAACAGCUCUUCCCUGCUGUACUGCUGGGAAAGUAGCACCACAUGCUGCUUUGUUAUCACCUGAUGGCAACCCCAAGGCAGCAGUCUAUCCAGUGCCCACUCAGAAACUUUCAGGUUGCUUCUGUGCAAUUGUGCAAUAUGUUCUCUCCUCAUUCAGCAUUCUGCCAAAAAAGUUUGUCCUGAAAUGAGCAUAAAACAUCCUUUGAUUUUCAGGAGCAUUUUCCCAUAACCCCUCUCCCUUUCCUAUAAGCAUGAAGUACUUAUAUGCAGUUAUGUAGUUAGCCAAAUAAUGGGCCAGAAACUUCUGAAAAUAUCUGGAAUAUGCACCAUAGAGAGGAAUAGGCAUGCUUCACACCUAAUUGUGGCUGUAAAUAGAUGUAUCUUGUAGUUCAGCAAGAGAACACAACUGAGAGUCACUAUCUUCUGGAAUACUGUCUUGGAUAUGUUUCCCUUUGUACAGUUAGCUCAAUAAUAAUAAAAAAAUGUUUUCUGAGUGC